AUUUUCGAUAGCUGCUUCGUACGCCGAUCUCGUGUUCAAUGCACUUUGUAAUUCAUAAUUCAUAAACUGUCGAACUAAGAUAUUUUAGGACUCAGUUUGUGGAGUACCGUUUACAUCAGGAUUUUUGAAAUUAUGUUCUGAUCUCGUAGCAAUCUGGAAAAUUAAACAUUGUAAAUUAUUUAAUAGUUUUUUUUUCAUUCGUCAUGUCUUUAGCAGAACCCAGAAAACGACGAAAAAAUGCUAUACAAAGUAUUAAUUUGUCGGCCCCAAAUCACUGGGCAAAUGAUGAUUCAAAAUUUGGUCAGCGGAUGCUUGAAAAAUUUGGUUGGUCUAAAGGAUCUGGUCUUGGAAAAAAUAAACAAGGAAUAUCAGAAAAUAUAAGAGUUGAACACAAAGUUCACCCUACAGGACUAGGAUUUAUAGCAAAUAAUGCAGAUGAUUGGUUCAAAGCAGGCGAAGAUUAUUCACGCUUAUUAUCUCAGUUAACAGAGAAGUUUGACCAAUACCAAGCACUAUCAGAAUCAAAUAGAGAUAUAUCUUCUAAAAAAUCACUUGUUCAAAAUUCACUAAAUUCAAGAUCAAGAGUACAUUACCACAAAUUUACCAGGGGAAAAGAUUUAACGCAAUACAAAAGUGAAGAAUUGACAUGCAUAUUAGGAAAAGGUGUUAAAGAUAACGAUGAAAGUUCAAAUGGUUUAAAUAUGAAAGAAUAUUUUGAAUCCAAAAAAGAACGUAAAAAUUUACAAACAGAUAAACAUGAUACAUCAUCAAGUGGUGAAGAUUGUACAAUUAUUAAUAAUAAUAAUAUGGAAGAAGAAACUGCUAUAAAAGGAGAAUCGGAAACCGAAGAACUUGAAGUAAAUACUACGCUAUUGAAAAAAAAUAAACGCAGAGCCAAACAGCUAAAAGAUACUGAGCUUAUAUCUACAAAUUCAGAUGAAAUUCAGUUAAAGAAAAAAAAAAAAAAAAUGAAAGAACUCGCCUGUGAAAAAAUUGAUGAUAUUGAACUGUCAAAAAAAAAAACUAAGAAAAAUAAAUUACCCAUCAACGAAAAUGUAGAUGAAGUGUCAGAAGAAGAUGACUACAAAACAGUAGUUAAAAAUGAUGCUGAUGAACAAGACUCAGAAUUGGUUUUGACGAAUAAAUAUCAAAAUUUAGUUGAUCUUUUAAUAGAGAACAGUUCUGCUGGUACUACAUUUUGUAAAGAUUCAUCAUUGAGUCCUUUGUUCCAAAAAAAAAUAAAAGAGUUUGCUGAUAGUGUUGCACACCAAUGCUCGACCACAGUUGGUUCUACUGAAGUAAAACUAUCAUCAAAAAAAGAAGCAUCUCCUAAACCAAUAACUUUGAAUCCGGAUGCUGAAAAUUUUGUUAAGGACUUUGAGGAACAGAAAUCAAAAUCUCUUGAGAUUAUAUCUAAACGUCAAGAAAUGGCAAAGUAUGUAAAUGAAAAAUCAAUGUUUAUUGCCAAUCACGGGGAUGUGUUAUUCUUUGGUAGUAAUAUAAAUGAUAUCAAAGGCUAUGGUGAAUGGUAAAUUAAAUUUUAUAAUAAAUAACAAUAUUCUUCAAUA